UUCUCUAUUUCUCUUUCUUCUUCAAUUCAAUUCAAUACACACAGAAAAAAGUAUCUCUUAUCUUCUCUCACUCACACCAAUUCUCUUCUCCUUUAUCCAUUCCCCUUUGUCGGCCGUAAAUUAUCCAUUUCUGUUUGAUCCUUUUCUUUUAUCUGAUUUUGUGAAACUACUUUGGUUUCCUUAAUCUUGUAAUAUUGUGAUUUAUUGAGAUAAUUAACAGGAAAGUUGAAGACUUUAUUGUUGUUGAAGCUACGAUCUGUGAUCGGAAGCUGUUGCUUGUAAUCCAGAUUGCGGAGUAGGCAGAAUGAGCUCUUUACAAGGGCCAGUUAUUUGUCCUGUGGUUCGUGGGAAGCAAACAAGUCAGUUUGCUGUUCCUGUCAAAUCUUCUGUUGUGAGGGCUAAGACUUUGAAGAGUGGGUUCUGGGGCUAUAAUGGGAUCUCUAGCUUCCGGGUUAAUGUGGCUCGUCAACCACGAUCACGAGUAAGCAAGGCGAUUGGAUGCAGUUUUAGUUCAUCAUCAAAUGGAAAUGGCAGCACAGCAGAAAAUUCCAAUGAAAACGAUGCAGAUUAUGUGAACUCUAGCGUGGUAGAAGCUGUUGAAGUGCGAAGUGGACCAGAUGGUUUCAUGAUCAAGAUGAGAGAUGGCAGGCAUUUGAAAUGUGUCCAUAAUAAUCCACAAGGAGGUCAUCUGCCUGAUUAUGCUCCACAUCCAGCGAUUGUUUUGAGAAUGGAAGACGGGACAGGACUUCUUCUCCCUAUUAUUGUUUUGGAGAUGCCAAGUGCGCUGCUCAUGGCAGCUGUGCGCAAUGUACAAAUUGCCAGACCAACAAUGUACCAAGUUGUGAAGGAAAUGGUUGAGAAGAUGGGUUACACGGUUAAACUUGUCCGAGUUACCAAGAGAGUGCAUGAGGCAUAUUAUGCUCAGUUAUACCUGACAAAGUCAGAUGAUGAUGCUGAGAUUAUUAGCUUUGAUCUUCGUCCUUCUGAUGCAAUCAACAUUGCUGUGAGAAGCAAGGUGCCAAUACAAGUCAACAAGUACUUGGCUUACAGUGAUGGUAUGAGAAUAGUUGAAACUCCGAAGCCAGCAGUGCACACUACUGGUUCGGAUGGUUUAUUGUUCGCUGAGCUUGACAGACCUUCUGGCCGGCCAUGCAUUGAAACAAAGGAGUUUAUUCUUGUGCGGAACAUGCUGAUUGCAGCAGUUGAAGAACGAUAUAGAGAUGCAGCUCUGUGGAGGGACAAGCUUACUCAACUGCGGUCCAAGCGAAACUGGAUAUAACAGGUGUGCUUUAGAGUUGUCUGAGCAAAGGACUACUGUGUAUAUAGAAGCCAUUCAUCGGAGCCAAUGUGGUCAGCAUCUUCAAAGAUCAAAUUGUAACUCUCCGUUAAUAUGUAAAAAAAACUUGUGAAUAUCUGUAUAGAUUGUAAUGCUAAUGUAAAACAAACCGGUAAACUUAUGGUGUUCUUGGACAUGAACUUUAUUCAGUUUCAUGUUAAUCUUGCAUUUUAAACUGUG